UUUUUUUUUUUCCUUUUUCAACACGUAUAACAGUACUUAUGGAUAAUAAGAAAAAAGAAAUAUUAUUACAGAUAGAACAGGCAUUUCGAGUGAGCAAUGAACAACUAAAUCAACUUGUUUUGGGAAUUAAUGAAGAAAUGAAAGCUGGUUUAGAUAUUAUGAAUCGUUCAACUAAAAAUAGUAGUGAACUAAAAAUGAUUCCUUCUUAUGUUACAGGUUACCCCACGGGCAACGAAAAGGGAACUUAUUUAGCACUAGAAAUUAGCGGUGUUGAUAUCUAUGUCUGUCAGGUGAAAUUAAAAGGAGAGGGCGGGAAAUUAGCGAUUAAUCAAUACCAAUACAAAAUUCCGGAUGAUUUGACAGCAGGCGACGAUAUUGGUGAUUUAAUUGAUUAUGUUGCUGAUUGUGUUGGUGAUUUUCAGAAAAGAGUAGGAGCUCAUAAAGAAAUUGUCUAUAGUAUGGCUAUUAGUAUUGGUUUUGCUGUGCUUCAGACAGGUCUUGAUAAGGGUAAAAUUAUUGCAUUAGAACAUGGAUUUGAUUUCCCUAAUGUGAUUGGAUGUGAUGUUGUUGAUUUAUUUGAUCAAAGGUUUAGAGCGAAAGGAUUAGCAGUGAAAAUAGUAGCUAUAGCAAAUGAUGGCGUCUGUACUUUAUUAGCACAUGCUUAUCAGCAUCCUUCAACACGUAUAGGUGUUAUUCAUAGUGCAGGCACAAAUUGUGCUUACUAUGAUAAAAUGUCAAAUAUUAAACAAUUUCGUAAUGAACCUAAUAAUCAGCAUGAUAUGAUUAUUAACACUGAAUGGUGUAAUUUUGGCGCUAGACAUUUGCCCUUAACUGAAUUUGAUUAUCUAUUAGAUAAACAAUCUAAUAAUCCAGGUGUACAUAACUUUGAGAAAAUGACGACUGGAAUGUAUUUAGGUGAAAUUACGCGACAAGUUCUGAUAUAUUUAGUAAAUCAAAAGGUGUUGUCCUUUAAUAAUAAUACAGAAGAAGAAGAAGAAGAAGAAGGUAAUCUGUUAAUGAUACCUUAUCAAUUUGAUACAAGUUAUAUGUAUGUAUGUGAAGCAGAUCAAGGAGAUAAUUUAGAAGAUACAAGGUUAAUAUUGGAAGACAUGUGUAGAGUGGGUAAAACUAGCUUAGAAGAUAGAAAGAUAGUCAAAGACGUAUGUGAAUGGGUUGGAUAUCGAGCUGCAUUAUUAUUAGGUGCAAGCAUUGCAAGCGUUGUGAAAUACAUGUUUGAAUGUGGUAUUGGUUUAAAUGAAGAAAAGAAAGGAUUCGCUAUAGCUAUUAGUGGUGACGUGUAUAAAGAUUAUCCUUCAUUUCAUCCUAGAGUAUGUGAAGCUAUAAAAAAUUUAAUCCCUGACGAAGUUGCAUCUAAAUUAUCAGUGGGCAUUGUACAACAUUCCCGUAUAGUAGGCGCUGCUAUUGUAGCCAUGAUGGCAGAAAAAAUGUAUAAUUUAAAUAGUAAACAACAAGGAGACAUUAUCAUGGAUGAUGAUGAUGAUGACGAUGAAGACGACGAUGAUGAUGAUGAUGAAGAAGAAGAAGACGAUGACGAAAUUAUAGUUUAAAUCAUUGUAUUAUUACGUAAUAAAAAA